AAAAAAUAUAACAUCUCCUUCUUGAUAAUAAAAAUACACAGAACUAGUGGCUCCUAUCUUACUGUUCUUCCGCCAUUUUUUUUUUCUUCACUCUCUCUCUCUCUCCUUAUUUGCUGAUUAUGACCAUAGUUGGGCUGAUAAUAUCGGCUACAAAACUUGCGGGAGUAUUAGUAUCAUUGACAAUUGCAGCAAAUACUUUCUCUUUCUCUCGAUUCCGCAAAAAAAAUCUCCGUUCUUUUCAUUCUCCUAUUGAUGAGUCUGCUGAUAAUCUUGCUCUGUUCAACGUCAAUCCUUCAGAUGGUGAAGUUGAGUUCUUCUUUGGAUUGGCAACUGCACCGGCUCAUGUGGAGGAUAAGCUCAAUGAUGCUUGGCUUCAGUUUGCAGAAGAAAAGCUUGGUGAAGUAUCCGAGUCUUCCCAACGGCAACCAGCUGAUGCUAUUUUAGCCUCUGCUGCAGGAGAUGGUGGCUCUCAACCAGCUUUAUCUGCAGAAGCAAAGGAAACACCAAACAAAAAGAAAAGUCUUAAGAUAGCUAUGGAAGCGAUGAUAAGAGGAUUUGAGAAGCUCACUGAAGAACAAGACGAAGAUGAAGCUCCAAUCAGUGAAUGCGAACAUAAUGUGGCUGCAUGGCACAAUGUUCCACACCCGAAGGAGAGACUAAGGUUUUGGUCUGAUCCUGAUACGGAGCUCAAACUUGCCAAAAAUACCGGUGUGACUGUCUUUCGUAUGGGUGUUGAUUGGUCAAGAAUCAUGCCGAAAGAGCCAACUGGUGAAUUGAGUGAAGCGGUUAAUUUUGCAGCAUUAGAGCGGUACAAAUGGAUCAUUCAUAGGGUCCGGUCAUAUGGAAUGAAGGUGAUGCUGACACUGUUCCACCAUUCCCUUCCUCCUUGGGCUGGAGACUAUGGAGGGUGGAAACUGGAGAAGACUGUUGAUUACUUCAUGCAUUUUACUAGGCUUGUUGUUGAUAGUGUUUCAGAUGUGGUAGACUACUGGGUAACAUUUAAUGAGCCUCAUGUCUUUUGUAUGUUGACAUACUGUGCUGGUGCUUGGCCUGGCGGUAAUCCUGACAUGCUGGAGGUUGCAACUUCUGCUUUACCGACUGGCGUGUUUAAUCAAGCCAUGCACUGGAUGGCCAUUGCACACUCAAAAGCAUAUGAUUACAUCCAUGAACACAGCAAAUUACCGAAGGCACUUGUGGGAGUUUCUCAUCAUGUCUCAUUUAUGCGACCCUAUGGUCUCUUUGAUGUUGCUGCUGUCAUACUCGCCAACUCCAUGACCAUUUACCCAUAUAUGGACAGUAUAUCUGGGAAGAUGGACUAUAUUGGGUUAAACUAUUAUGGGCAGGAAGUUGUCUGUGGUGCUGGACUAAAGCUAUCAGAGACGGAUGAAUAUAGUGAGUCUGGACGAGGGGUCUAUCCUGAUGGCUUAUUCCGUAUGCUUCUUCAGUUCCAUGAGAGAUACAAGCAUUUAAACAUACCGUUUAUCAUUACUGAAAAUGGGGUCUCUGAUGAGACUGACUUAAUUAGGCGGCCAUACUUACUGGAGCACUUACUCGCUAUUUAUGGUGCCAUGAUCAUGGGUGUCCCUGUUCUUGGUUAUCUCUUCUGGACAAUUUCUGACAACUGGGAAUGGGCGGAUGGUUAUGGACCUAAGUUUGGACUUGUAGCAGUUGAUCGUGCCAAUAAUCUUGCUCGAGUCCCACGACCUUCAUACCAUUUAUUUUCCAAAGUGGCAACAACAGGCAUAAUAACACAACAAGAUCGGCAACGAGCAUGGAAUGAAUUGCGUAAAGCUGCUAAAGGAAGGAAGACCAGACCUUUUUAUCGAGCUGUAGAUAAACAUGGUUUAAUGUAUGCAGGGGGUCUUGACGAACCCAUGUGGCGCCCUUAUGCUGACCGGGAUUGGCGAUUUGGACACUAUGAGGUGGACGGACUGCAGGAUCCACUAAGUCGCUUCUUCAGAUUUAUUUGUCGACCUCUCAAACUCAAAAGGAAAUCAGAAGAUGAAGAUGAAGAUGAAGCUGAAGAUAUUGAGAUGGCCUUAUUACCUCUGGGGUCAACUGCUUGAUGGCCUACUGCUGGUAGUAAGCAUCACCUUCGGAAUUCUCUGCUAAGGAGUAUUCUUCUAGCAACAGCAAGAAUGUCAAUUCUUGAAAUAGCAGAAAUCCGUGUAUAAUUGCUGAUAUAGUAUCAAUAAGGAGGAGAUGACUGGACAAGCUCUGUGAUGUUUAUAUGCAUGACUGAUAGAACAUUCGUCAUUCUGGCCUUAACCUUUAGCUGGUUUCUGUUAAUUAAUCCAUUUGUAUAAGAUCGUUUAUAUGCAAAUUUCUAAAUCUUCCACUAUUGGUCUGUUUAUUCCUAUCUGUAUUUAGAUGUUUCAAUGUACAUGAAUAAAUUUCAAUGUACAUAAACAUUAGUGAUUGAAUACAUAUAAUUUAUCGGAA